AUGGAAGAUAAGAGAAAAUUACUAGAUCAACCAUUACAUGGUAUAUAUAUACCUAUUGGACUUAUAUUAUUUGGAACAUGGUUAUUUAGUUGGUCAUAUAUGCCUUAUACUAUAGCUUUCAUAGUUAUUGUAUGUUCAUUUAAGUAUUAUGAAGCUUAUCAAAGAAGAUCAUCAUUACAUAAUACAAUAUGGAGAGAUUUUGAAUUAAUUGAAAGAACAAUUAUUGCACCAAUGACAUCGAUAUAUAGAUUUAAAUUAAAUCGAGAAGAUGAAAUUUUAGAAAUCCCUACUGGUCAUCAUAUAUCUUGUUGUUUUACAAUUGAUGGUAAAGAUGAAAUUAGAUAUUAUUCACCUAUAUCAAAUCAAUUCGAUGCUGGGUUUUUUGAUAUCCUUGUAAAACAUUAUGAAAAUGGGAAAGUAACUAAAAAAUUAGCAACUAUUCAAAUUGGUCAAACUGUUAAAUUUAGAGGUCCAGUUGGGAAAUUAAAUUAUCAACCUUCAAUGGCUAAAGAACUUGGUUUAAUUGCUGGUGGAACUGGUAUAACCCCUAUUUUACAAGUAAUUACUAGAAUUAUAACAAAUUUAGAAGAUCAUACUAAAAUGUAUCUUAUAUUUGGUAAUGAAACUGAAAAAGAUAUUCUUUUAAAGAAUGAAAUAGAUGAAAUCGCGAAAAGAUAUCCAAAUUUUGAAGUCUUUUAUACUGUAACUCAUCCAACUGAAGAAUGGGAUCAAGGUAAAGGUUAUAUUAAUCGUGAUAUGUUGGAAAAACAUUCUCCAAAACCAAAUGAUGAUAAUAUGUUGUUUAUUUGUGGUCCACCUGAAAUGAAAAGAAGUAUAUUUGAAUUGAGUCAGGAAAUCGGUUGGAAUAAAGAACAAGUAUUUUGUUUUUAA